UAGGAAGGAGCUGCAGGUGUGUGGGGGGAAAUGUGCAAACAAGCAUGUGUGAACAUGUGCAUGUGUGCAUAUAUACAUGUGAGCAUACGUGCAAGAGAAUUUGCACGGAUGUGUGCAAGGAGAAGCUGGGCAUGCAAGAAGGUGCGUGUGUGUGCAAAGGCGCUGCACACGUGGAAUAGAGUCUCAAGCGUCUGUGUGUGAGUGUGCAACAGGCAGCCCCGCGUGUGCACCAGGCGGCUGCGCCCGUGUGCGGGCAGGCGGAGGGGAGCGCUGCACACGCAUGCGGGGAGCAGAGGGGAGCACGGCGUGUACCACGCGUGUAGCAGGACCCCGGACACGCACGGCGAGCAGCCCCACGCGUGUUGGAGGCGGCGGGUUCGUGCGAGGCCGCCCGUACACGUGUGGGCGCCCAGCCCCGAGCGGCGCCGCGGGCGGGUCCGGCGGGCGGGUGGGGGCCGCACCCUGGGCCAGGCGGGUGCCGCCGGUCGCCCUGUCCCCGUCCCUGUCCCCACCGAGGCCACGCAGGCUCCGUGGUCCCGCCGGCCGCCUCCAUGCAGCGGGAGCGGGGGGGGGCGAGUCCGGGAGCUCCCGUGGCGGAGGUCAAGGCUGUCGUGGUGGGGGACGGGGGCUGCGGGAAGACGUCGCUGCUGGUGGCCUUUGCCAGAGGGGACUUCCCCAAGGUGUACGUCCCCACCGUGUUCGAGAAGUACACGGCCUCCCUCCAGGUUGGCGGCAAACCUGUGAAGAUCCACCUCUGGGACACGGCAGGACAGGAAGACUACGACAGGCUUCGCCCACUGUCCUACUCGGACACCAAUGUUGUCCUCAUCUGCUUCGAUGUCACCAGCCCCAACACCUUUGACAACAUCCUAACGAAGUGGUACCCGGAGGUGAACCACUUCUGCAGGGGUGUCCCGGUGCUGCUGGUGGGCUGCAAGACAGACCUGCGGCGGGACCGGGAGGUGCUGCAGAAGCUGCGGGAGGGACACCUGGAGCCCAUCUCCUACCAGCAGGCAAAGGCCAUGGCCCGGCAGGUCCACGCCGUGUCCUACUUGGAGUGCUCGGCCAGGUACCAGGAGAACGUCGGGGACAUCUUUGCGGUGGCCUGCAGCGCCGCCCUCGGUGCCGCCCGCCGGAGCCAGCGCAGGAGGCGACCCAGGAGGGGCUGCGUGCUCAGCUGAGCCCCCACCCCUGGGCUCUGCUGCUGUCCCCCUGGCUCGGGACAGCGCUCAGCUCCCGGCCAGCACGGCCGCCGCGCUGCUGUCCCCGCAAGCCGGUCCCAAGGACUGUUGCCAUGGGGUGCCAGCAUGUCCCACCACGGCACCCAGCGUCCGAGCGUCCUCCGCCCGCACCGAGCGCCGCGGGCAGGCGGGUCUGGGAGCAGAGAACUGAUUUUUUGGGGAAGGGGGUCCCCUUCCCGCUGGCAGGCCAGCGCGGGAGGGGCCACACGGGGUCAUCUGGGUGCAAUUCUGUCAUUAAAGCUGAACACAUGUCA